GCCCAAUAUAAAUCCAGUUGGCAUCUACCUUACUUGCACUUAUGUCCUCUCCCACUGCACGCGCUCAUCUAUCCCCUGCGCCCCCUCUUUUCGUUGCGGGUAAUUUUUCAGGCCAAUCAUUCAGGUUGCCCUCUUCAGCCACCUCACGUCCAAAGCUUGUGGUUUACUGCGGAGUAAUAAACUUCAUGGUACUAUUGACUCGGGAGGGGUGGAAGGCUAGGGCAACGACAGGUACAUACUUCACAGAACAUCCAGUAGGUAUAUAUACAUUAUUCUCACUGAUGAGUCAUCCAACCUCCUCCAACUCUUAUCCCCACCUUCGGGUUCGGAUUGCCUUUCUUUUCGGGGCUCAUGCGGUCGCCACGGCUUCUUAUCUUUUAUACAGGUGGGUACGGACUACCUCGGAGGAGCUGUCCGUCAUUAGCUCCCUAACUACGGAGACAUACCAGGGAUUCGUGGUGGACAGUGAUCGAUGCUUUGUUAUCUUGAGAAAUCGGAAUGAUUGGUCGUACACACCGAGUGCCAAUGAUGCGCUGCGGGAACAAUUGCCGGCUGCCUGCGGGGUGUUAAGCCCUGUGCGUUAGUUGAUGCGUACAUCUUGACACCGCUCUGAUUAUCGGAUUUGGUGCCAGUGGUUGGAGGUUAGGGAGCCGAGUGAGGAGCUUAUCUAGAAUGCGAUGUUGAGGGGAUUACAGCCUGUACACUCUUCAAAG